CAUCAACCUUAUCGUCGGCGACCGCCUGGUUUUCAAUACUACGAUGAAAAAUCACAAAGACAUGCCCGACAUGCAUCCUCCAUGUCUCGUCGAUUGCGAUGACAUUCCGUCUGGGCACAAAGAAGAUGGACCUCGGCGACCACAGCCGACGACGACGCCACGGGAGGCGCAGAUCAAGCCCAUUCGCACGUCAUUCGGCGACGCCAAAAUGCAAACAAGAACCUCAAAGGGGAUAGGGUCGCACUUGGACCCGGGGCGUGGGAGCUGAAAAAGAAGGGAAGAGGAGGGUGACGGGACAACUUUAUUUUGACGUUCAUUGAGCUUCAUCGUGGCUUCUCUCUCCUGAGUGAAUAACCCGGGCCGAGUCAUCGAUACGAAUAUCACAUUUUUGAUAUUGCUCACUUGCGGCUCUCUCACACUCGGCUUCACUUGCUUGCUCCCGCAUCUGCAGUCAGCACCUUGUUUGUCUUGUACCGGCGCAUACAAGGAGAGCUGAGAGAUACAUCCCUACCUCUACUCAAGCCCACAUCAAUACAAACCUGCAUCGGAAGCAUUACGAAAACGGCGAUAUGGCGGCGGCGACGUUCAGAUCAGUCGUGUCGGGAUCGAUUUUUGGCGCAGCUCUGACCGCCGCUGGCGUCUAUUCGCCUUCGGUCAUCAUUGGACAGAUGCAGCUGAAAGACUUUCAUAUGUUGAAGGCCUUUCUUGCGGCAAGCGCAAGCAGUGCUAUCGCGAUCAUCCUAGCAAACAAAUACAACAUCUCAUCUUGCAAACCUCGCACACCCGCAACACUCAACCUGUUCAGUCCCUAUGAUGGAAACAUCGUCGGUGGCGCCCUCCUGGGAUUUGGCAUGUCGCUCACAGGCGCAUGUCCCGGCACUCUCAUCCCUCAACUCACGACAGGCGUCCCAUCCGGUCCUCGCGUCCUUUUCGGUGGCCUUGUGGGGGGUAUCCUUUACUCGCGUUUUGGUAAGCCUUUGCUAGGACAAGUACAGAACAGAGCCCUUUUAGAAAAUCCGACUGUCUUCCAAAGCCUUCAAAUUAAGCAGGGGAAUGCGACGGCUGUGUAUGAGGCGAUGUGUCUGGGCAUGAUAGGAACUCUGAUGCACUACUUCCCCGACAAAGUCGAUCUCCUCUCACUACCUGUAGUUGGCGGUCUACUCAUUGGAUUCAGCCAGGUAGCCAGCCUAUUAUUAACAGGCGGCACAUUGGGUAUCUCUUCCGCCUACGAGCACCUGGGAGACUUGUUCUGGUGGGCUGAAGAGUCUGUGCUCGAAGGCAGAAAAGGGCCAAGACCAAGUAUCAAGUCCACUGCCUUUGCAGCAGGAACUGUUUUAGGCAGUUGGGGAUUGUUCAGAUACCUCGAAUUGGAUACUUCAACUUCAGAUUUUGAGAUCGGUACUGCGAGAGCGAUCUUUGGGGGUGUGUUACUCACAUUCGGGUCGAGGCUCGCCGGUGGUUGUACAAGCGGACAUGGGAUCAGUGGCAUGUCUCAGCUGUCUAUUUCAAGCAUUAUUACAGUUGCUUCUAUGUUUGGAGGCGGGAUUGCGCUAACUGCUGUCAUUCAGUAGGAUUGGAAAGGCCGAGAUGAGGUAGGAUAAUGCUUUGGUGUGGAGUCCACGGGGUUUUGGGGUAUGGCGUAUGGCGUAUUCGUUGAGAUACCCCUUUGAUUUCUAGGAUGAUAUUACAUCAAUGCAAGUUUCAAGACAUUGACUUGAUCCCCCAAUUCAAUGAGUUCCGUACAUAAUGACAACUUCUGAAGACUGAUGACCUCGCUUUGGGUUCACGAAUACCGAAGCUCUGAAACAACUAGA